GGGAAUUAUUUAUCACUAAAGAGUCUGUCUCUCAGAAAUAAUUCAAUAUGGUUGGUGCUUCCGGUAAUAUUUGUUUUUAAUCUACUUUUUCACCAAAAUACUCACAUUCUUGUUAUACUACGUUAUUAUUAUUCAAGGGAUCGAAGACGACCCUGAGUCUAUAUAAACUUCAUAAGCUGUUUCUGUGCAAUCCUUCGAAUAUGGCCUCUUUAAGCUGUGGCUACAAGUGUCUGCAGAUUUUUCUAGUGGUAUUUAAUGUCCUUGUUUGUACAUGUGGGAUUGUUGCAGUUGUAAUUGGAAGUCUCUCCCAAGUUGCUAUUAAUAAAUAUUCCACUGGAGUGGAUUCAAAUAUCAAAUGUCUCGUAAUCUUUGUAAUAGCACUUGGAUGCUUCCUAGUUGUGUUUGGAUUUCUUGGGUUUUUUGGAUUGGUUACCAAGAAUACUUUCUGUCUAAUCUUGUACACCUCUCUACUGUCAGCCAUUGUGCUGAUCGAAAUAGCGGGAGGAGUAGCGGCAGCUGUGCUAAGAAAAGACGUAAAAGCUCAAUUCCAAUCUCUGAUUAAAAGCUCCGUUUCUGAAUUUAGCAAGAAUCCGGACUUGAAGAAACUCUUAGAUAAGAUACAAACAGAGUUUCAUUGUUGCGGCUCUGAAUCGCCAAAGGACUACAUAUCGACUAAGCAAACCAUCCCUGAUUCAUGUAAAAAUCCAGAAACUAAGAUUAUAUACUUAGAUGGUUGUUCAUGCAAAGUAAUCGACUUCUUUGAAAAGUAUAUUAUUGCCGUUUUAGUAGCGGUAUUUGUAUUUGCCAUCCUCCAAUUGUCGUGUAUUGUUUUUGCCAUCUGUGUUAUUCAAGCUAUCAAAUCUGGCAAUUACGGACAAGACUAGAGUAUUUAAAGUUGUGAACGCUAUAUUUGAUUUUUUGACAGCUUUCAACUUGGCAUAAUUAAACUUUUUUCCUCGUUUUUUACUUCACUGUCAUUUAUUGAGCAAAGAAUGGAGUCUUGUAUUUUGUUCAAUAAACAU